ACCUCCCAGCCACCCACACGCACACUCACGCAGUGCAUGUCUUUCACACAGGAAAUCAGCUUUGUCUGCAAACUGCCUGUGGCCCCAUCAUUCACAUACUCAGGUCUAUCAAGACGAACUUGUUUGACUGAUAUCCCUCAACAAGAUGAUUAAUGAGGCUUGGCUGUGCAGCUCAUUAAAGCUAUGUGAUCUAGUCACCACUUCAGAAUCUGCUCACUCUGAUGACUCUGCGCAGGUCGUAAUCAACAGUGAUUCAUACCCACAACCUGCUUAUAACCUAUCAUCAAUCCAACACACAUUGGAAACAUACAGCCAUUUGCUGGAUGUAACAUUAGGACAGAACUUAGAGCCCAUUCAACACUUUGCACAGAUGACUGCCAAAACUAUUAUAGAUUCAGCCAUCAGGAUCAGAGAUCCAAGAGAAUCCAUCAAGCUGAGAGGGGACGAUGUUGAGAUGCUGGCUGAAGAGUUAACUUUACAAGUCUGUUGCAAAGCAUUGGAAGAGAUGGAGGGGCAUCAUUACUCUGAUGAUCCAUCAUCCAAAAGUGUGGACGAUAAAGAGGGGACUUAUGGAAAUGCAUCGGCCCUGUGCUCCUCAGGAUACCCACAACCUGCUUAUAACCUAUCAUCAAUCCAACACACAUUGGAAACAUACAGCCAUUUGCUGGAUGUAACAUUAGGACAGAACUUAGAGCCCAUUCAACACUUUGCACAGAUGACUGCCAAAACUAUUAUAGAUUCAGCCAUCAGGAUCAGAGAUCCAAGAGAAUCCAUCAAGCUGAGAGGGGACGAUGUUGAGAUGCUGGCUGAAGAGUUAACUUUACAAGUCUGUUGCAAAGCAUUGGAAGAGAUGGAGGGGCAUCAUUACUCUGAUGAUCCAUCAUCCAAAAGUGUGGACGAUAAAGAGGGGACUUAUGGAAAUGCAUCGGCCCUGUGCUCCUCAGGGUACAACUGUGACAAAAACACAUCUGAAAUGGAAACAGACAACAAGAUGGAAGAAUAUGAUGACACAUCUACCACAGUAUAUGCUACUUCGUUGAAAAGCAUGGCUAGUCUGGGCUCUAUUGAGUACCCUGAUGCUCCUCCAAGCACCCCUUUACUUCCAGAGAUGAUCAGGAGUCGAGACAGUUUCACAAGGAAGCUCAAGGGAGGACUGGCUAAAGAGUUCCUUCCUUCACCCCCUCCACCGACCCCCAAAGACCACAUGCAACCAUUAAUGGAGAACCAAAUGACAGACGCGUCUGCUGACUUCAUGGUGAGACUGAUGCGCUCACUUUCACUGGAGUGCUGUCAAAAUGGAGGUCUGGAAGAAGACGAGAACAGAGAAGUUGGUGAUAGCGGACUCCAAAACGAUGUUCCCGGGCUAACUGACUAUGCAGCUCAAAUUUCUGCAGAUAUCCUUCAUUUUAUCACCACAAAUGAGAUAAAAGUCAAGGAUGAGGGUUGUGUGCAAAGCAUGUGGGCUAUUACUGACCAACUGGCGAGUGAAAUUGUCACAACGUCUCUAGCAGAGGUGAUGGCGAGAGGAGAAUGGAAAGUUUUGGAGGAAGAAACAACAUCAUGCUCAAAGUAUAAGGUAGAUGUGGCUCCAGACACAAAGUCUAAGAUCUCUGCAACAGACGGGGUGAAAGUUUUAGCUAGUGAGCUAAUCAUUAAUGCUAUGGUUCAUACUUUUGCUAAGCUAGGACAGGGUGUGUAUAAACAUGGAACUCAGCCACAUCUUUCGGGCCAAACUGUAGAACCACAGCCAUGGGAAGAAGGAAGAUAUUCAAACACACUGUGUAAAGACUCAAUCAACUCCCACAAAGUCAAACCCUUCAGAUGUUGCAGCGAUAAAUCAGAACUGAACCCUAUUACAGAUGACGCCAUAAAAGUGAAAUCAUCGGUAGACACAUUUGCCAACGACUUUGCAGAAGACGUGCUUCAGCAUUCUGUGUGUUUACUGUUCAACUAUAAGCAAUCUCAGGGAGCAGGAUUUGGCCCAGAGAAAGACAUUAAACCAUGGCUAAUCAAAAUGUGUGCUGGGGAAAGUCCUGUCCAGGAACUGCAGUGUGCUCUACUCUGGGCCGCAGCCUCUCAGAAAGGGACUAAAGCACUUCAGUUUGAGCUUCCAGACAAAAGCCUUCAACAAAAGCUUUGCAGACUCUCUCGGAGUGCCCGUCUGAAUGGCUGGACGGUGGGUGCUUUGAUGGCUUCUCUCGAUGAGUUUUGUGACAUGCAUCAAGAGACCAGCAGAGGGCUCCAUAAGAGCUCCGAUUCUCUCCUGGAGCAUCUGCAGCACCUGAUUGACAAUGUGCGUUUAAACGGAUCCUGAAGCUUUACCCUUGCAGAACUGGUCAGUGAUCCAUGCAACACCCCCUGAAAUAAAGACGGAAAACGGCAGACAUUAAUCUUCAUCCACACAAUCUUUCACAUCCCAAACAUUAAUAAAAGGAGACAAAGUCAUAACAAAGCAUACACAGUUAUAAUCAAUUUCUCUCUGACCCAUUGAAAAUGAGCCCUUAAAGACGAAACAGCUGCAUGCACGCUGUCUGUUUAUACCGAAAUAAGAUCUGCUCUCCCGGUCCAAGCGCUCAAACCACAGCCAUUAUUAGGUAAACGGAAAUCUGACUACAAAUCAGCUUUGGAAGUUACUACCACCCAAAACACACUGACACAUUCUUGACCAAAGAUCCUGUAUUCUGUAUGUUCCCGUGUUGUUAUUUUCCAAAAAUAUGUCAGUACCUAUAAUAAAGUGUGUCUGAAAAUGAUAAACAGUGAAUGCUGUAUUGUUGAAGCUGUUUUAUGAUGGAGCUGCGGGGGGU